ACCACGUUUCAAUGACCAACUACAAAAUAAGACGUUAUAUAUUAAUUAAUUAUUGUGAUUGUGAUUCUAUUUAUCUCGUUGUAAUUAUAACACGAACUCAUGUAACCUGAGGCCUACUAAUAUGUAAUUAAUAUUACUAACACAAUUUUGUGAUUGCUGGAUGUGGGACUGUUACGCUACAACUUUGCAAAGUACGUUUGUUCCUUCUCAAAGCUGUAGUAUGCAUCGGUAUAGGUUUAAUGUAGGCUAUUUGUAUGAAUAUAUUUAACCUGAAUAAUACAUAAUGGCCCCAUGGAAAGAGUUUCGGGAGCGUGGCUAUAAUCAGUGUCAAGAACACGAGGAAAAAUGGGGAAAGUUGGAGACUGUUUUCUUUCUUCUUCUCGUUUUACAUUUCAGCCUAAUCAGUGUCAGAGAAGAAGAAAAUAAUAAUUCACUGCACACAUUGAUCAAACCGAACCUGCGGCUCCACAAUACAACUGGUUCUCUAAAGACACCACAGCUCAAAACAAGCAUAUGAUUCAUACAGCACAACACUCGACAGAUCAGCGGCAUCCGGGUUAUCUUUCAGCAAUUACACAUUAACAGAUUAUAUUCAGAGAAUCCCUUUCAGAUUAUCAUUUAAGCAACUUGUCCGAUGGAGAAAACAACCGCGAUGAAAGGCCUGCGGUAGAGAACACACACACACACACACACACACACACACACACACUGACCGGCACGGGGGGCAUAAAUCUACCCACCGACCCAAAUGCCUACCAAUUACAAAUGCACAAACACCUCAAUUAUAGACGUGGAAAUCCCACAUUAUAUUGUAGGCUGACUCACAUCCCCGCCGCACACACACACCCGGGACCACACAUGCCUCGUGCGCGCUCCCGGCUGUGAUUUACACUCGCCAAAUUCAUUUUAAUACGGUCGGUAUUAUCUGCAAAGCGCCGGGAAUAUGUUUUAUUAUUCGGUUGCCUCUGGUUGUGCGGCAGCAACCCUCCCCUCGGGGAGGGCGCGCGUGCGUGUGUGUGAGCUGCUGGUUUUUAUGGGUCCAACAACAGACGGAGGAGGACACACAGGGAGAGAAAGAAUCAAUUUAACGCGCCGAGGAUUCCGGUGUGAUUGCGCAAUCUCACCGGGAACCGGGGGAAGAUUAGAAAGAGAAAUUGAAUGAGAAUUAGAAAGAGAGAAAGGGAGUGGGAGAUUGAAGAAGGGAAAUAGGAAGGGGGAGAGGUGGUGGUGGGGAGGGGGGGUAGUUCCCAGCCCCCCCUCCUCUUCCUCCUCCUCUUCCUCCUCUUCUUCCUCUCUCCAACGAAAGGAAAAGGGGCGAACGAAUGCCAGGCACGGAAGCAUCCCAUUGGUCAGUCUGAGGUCAGCUGGUCUCUGCCUCCCCCCUCAUCCUCCUCCUCACCCCAUCCCGUCUUCUCCACACACAAACACCCCCCCUCCUCUCUCUCUCUGUCCCACACUGGCACUCAGCCACCCAGAUACCCCCCUUCCCUUCUCCUCCUCUCACCCUCACCCUCCUCACCCCACUCCUCCCAAUCUGCGAUAAACUAAGUGAUAGCAGCAGCCCGUCGGACUGUCGGCUAUAAAACACAACAAAUCAUAAAGUGCAGGCAGGGGAAGGCAGAGGAAGGAGGACGGGAGGGAGAACCGUUAGCCGUUAGCCUCCUUCUACUCCUCCUUCUUCUUCAUCGCGUGAACGUUGUUGUUGUGUUUGUUUCGUGCCCUCCUGUCCUCCCCUCUCCUCUUCUUCUCCUCUCCUCUCUUCUCCUCCGUCUCCUCUCCUACUUUCUCCCGAUGAGUUCCUAUUUUGUCAACUCCUCUUUCCCGGUGACGCUACCGGGAACGGGUGCUGGCGGGCAGGCGGCGGCGGAGUCAUUCCUGGGUCAGAUCCCGCUCUACUCGUCGGGAUACGCCGCCGACCACCCGCUCCGGCACUACUCGGGGGCAGCAGCCGUUACGGCCGCCGCGGCCGUGGCGUAUGGCGCGAGCGGCGGCGGCGUGCACCAGGAGAAACCGUACUCGGCGUCCACUUACUACCAGCAGGCUGCGAACGGAGCGUACAGCGGGCACCGGGCGGCGCCAGGGGUCGGUGUAGGGGGCGCAACCGGGGCCGGUGCCUGCGAUUAUGCCACGGCAGCGGCGGCAGCGGCGGCUGCAGCUGCGGCUACGAGCUUCUACCGGGACAAGGAGCACCCGUGCAGUCUGGAAGAGCAUCAGCUCGCGCUGAGCCAGGAAGGCAUGCACCGUAAAGCGGAGUGCGCGGGGCUGAGUGGGAAAGGGAUGUUCGGUGAAACGAUGGACGACAAGCUGCCGGCAUCAGCCCCCAUUUACCCGUGGAUGCAGCGGAUGAACUCGUGCAACGGGACCUUCGGCAGCCCCGGGAGGCGCGGGCGGCAGACGUACACGCGCUACCAGACCCUCGAGUUGGAGAAGGAGUUCCACUUCAACCGGUACCUCACGCGGCGGCGGCGGAUCGAGAUCGCGCACGCGCUCUGCCUCACUGAGCGGCAGAUCAAGAUCUGGUUCCAGAACCGGAGGAUGAAGUGGAAGAAAGAGAACAAGCUGAUUAACUCCUCUUCCUCCUCCUCCUCUUCCUCCACGGUGAACGGGACAGAGGAAGAGGAGAAACGGACGGAGUGAAAGAGGAUGGGAAAGACUGAUAAAAAAGAGGAAGAUGGAGGAAAAGACAUGCUGGUUAAUCCCUUCCCCUUCCCGUCUCAAAGUUCGUCGAGACGUUUGUCUGAUGUGAAAACUCUGGGAAAAAGUAGCCUACAUUUAAUUUAAUUUUAUUUUUUUACCUGACACAUGUAGAGAAGGAAGGGGGAGAGGAUUCCUUUUUGGAUCCCUCAAGAAAUGUAUCCAAAAGACUCUUGAGAAGGAACCGUGUGACUGUGGAAAGAACAGAUAAAAUUCAGAAAAUUAAAAAAGAGAAACAAGAUCACACAAAGGGAAAUGGAUGGUGGCGGAGCAGGUUAUGGCAUUCGAAAUGUAUUUAAAAAAUACAGUAAAUAAAUAACCCGCCACCCAACGCUGACAAACUGUUUGAAGACACAAUUUCUUGUUGCAUUCCAAGAAAACAACCUAACUUCUUAUUAGUUUUUAUUUUUUGUCAAAUGUACUUCCUAUCUUUCAGGCACUUGUUUCGAAGCUUUAGGACUCGACCCCCCGAUUACUAUUUUUCCUUAUUUUGUAAACGUGUUGUGUGUAUUAUACCUUCAGUUAAACGCGCACACAACAAUGUGAGGAAGAAAAACUAUUUGAGAAGUGUAUGUAUGUCAUAUGGUGUUCAUAUUUAAACUGUAUAGAAAUAAACAAGGGGGAAACAUCACCUUGUGCGGUGAAAACAAUGUCAUUGCGGUUAGGGGUGGGGGUAAUUUCACCAUUCAAGGUGUUUUCCAAAAUAGAGGGGGGCGCGUGGGAGAGGGUGUUAAUCUACUGAUGUUAUUCUCCAAACUACCUAAAAACGUUCAGGAAAGUGUACAUUUUAUGGAUUUUUACAUUGUUUGUUUAUGUUAGUGUUUUUGUCAAGUAAUUACGUAUACUACCUAUGAGAAAUGUUCAAUAAAAUGUAAAGUAUG